AUGAGCCAUUUGCGCACUUGCCCUUCUGGUUCCCUGGUUGUAAUACUGGAAAUGAUGGCUCUUGAGGGUGUUGGUGGAAAAGGUGACGCAUACGAUAUCCCGGCUUUAAUGCGAUGUAAUAGAGAUAAGAUGCUGAGAGUCAUCACCCUCCUCCUCCUCACUUCGGUGUUGAUCUCAUUGUGCGUCCAGGGACACGGAAGACGCGGAAGAGCACGCAGAAGAUGUUAUUUGCCGCAUCAAGUCUGGAAAGAUUGUGGAAGCGCCUGCCCAUUGAAUUGUGAGAACUACAAGACCCCCCCAUCCUUCUGCUCUAUGGGCUGUGUAUCCGGCUGCUUCUGCCGCGCUCCCUACAUAUUCUUCAGAGGGACAGAUGGGAUUUGUGUUCUCCCCAAAUAUUCGAUACAUGGAGGUGUCUGUCAGUCACAGCUUCGCGCUGUGGUCGACAGAGUCUCCAUCACUGUACAGACAACCCAAAGCAUUAAGAUGUUUAAAGUGUGCACAUUGCUUCUUCUUUUCUCCAUGGUCCUGCAGUCAUUGGCGAGCAGUGGCCAGCAUGACUGUGCUGCGCACCAAAAUCAUGUGACCUGUGGAACCGCAUGUCCUGAGAACUGCCAAAACUACGGCACCGAAGCAAAUCAUGUCUGCACCAAACAAUGCGUGGCUGCAUGUUUCUGCAAAAUACCCUAUAUCUUUAAAAUUGGGAAAUCCGGCGAAUGUGUUCUGCCCGAUGAGUGCCCAAAAAGGUUUAUAUUUAACUGGGAUACAAUACAGAUGGGUCAGAAGUCCAGUGUGGAAAAAAUGUGGAGACUGACCGUGAUCCUCUUCAUCGCUGUCAUCGCUCAUCAAAUGAUUGACGCUAAUCAUAAGGGGAACCACAAAGGAGAAGGAGCCUUGUGCAUUGCUGAGGGCACCGGAUGGCAGCCGCGGGCAGAAGUAGGUAUCAGGUGUCCAGAGAUCCAUCAGACGUGGGAGGACUGUGGGAGUGCUUGUCCGAUGAGCUGCCAGCUGCUGAGAAGUGGCCAUGUCCCUUGCCCAAUGAACUGUGUCCCCGGCUGCUACUGUCAGAGCCCCUACAUAUUCCGAUCGGGUGUAUCAGGUCCAUGCAUCCUACCAGAGAAAUGUCCCCAAAAAAAUGUCUCCAAAAAAACGUCAAAGAGGCAAAAAACCCAACUGAUGGAAUAGACAGGGUGACACUAAGAUGGAGGAACCUCCGAAGUCCUGACCACAACUGAUGGAAUAGAUGGGGUGACACUAAGAUGGUGGAACCUCAAAAAGUCCUGACCACAACUGAUGGAAUAGAUGGGGUAACACUAAGAUGGUGGAACCUCCAAAAUCCUGACCAACUGAUGGAAUAGACUGGGUGACACUAAGAUGGAGGAACCUCCGAA